AACCUCCCCAGAGCUUCCUCUGCUUCGGUCCCUGGGGACCUGUAGGAGUCACUGCCCCUUUCAAGCUUGAGCUGGGCCAGGCGAACCCUGACCCACCCACCUCACCUUUUGUGGGGAAGACUAGCAUUUCCUGCUUCCUGGCCUUGGAAGGGAGUGACUGAGCUGGGGAGUCUGAGCAGCCGCAGGGAGGGGACCUGCAUGCCCAGUACUGCUCCUACGCCAUGGAUCGCGGCCAAACUAGCCUAGAGCCCCAGGCCAAGGGCCCAUGCGUGAUCGCGCCGGUGCGCGCUGUGCUCCGUCUGCGCCGCCGCGUCUGCGUCCUGCGCAAGAGGCGCCUGUUGCAGCUAGGCACCGAACCGGACACUGGGACAGGGGCACUCGGGUCCAGCGGCAGCUCCGGGGCUCUGCGUGCGGACCUAGACCAACCUAAAUUCUUCACGUUCGACAGCCUGACGGAGUUGUCUUCCAGGACACCCCGCAAGAAGCGUAGGCGGCGUAGUCGGGUAGUGCUCUACCCCGAAACCUCACGGAAGUACCGACCCCGCACAGAGCGCCAGAGCCGUGCACAGCGUUGUCUGCUGCUGCUUGUAGCCAUCGUGGGAUUCCAGGUUCUUAACGCCAUCGAGAAUCUGGACGAUAACGCACAACGUUAUGACCUCGAUGGACUGGAGAAGGCGCUGCGGCGUUCUGUGUUUGGUCAGCCAGCUGCUGUGGGCCGCAUCAUGGCCCUGCUGCGGGACUACCUGGCUACACACGUUCACAGUCAUCCCUUGCUCCUGGCUCUGCAUGGACCCAGUGGUGUAGGCAAGAGUCACGUGGGGCGCCUGCUGGCACGCCACUUCCAGGCAGUGCUGGAGGAUGGCGCGUUGGUGCUGCAGUACCACGCACGACAUCACUGUCCAGAGCUGCGCCCGGUUCAGGACUGCCGGAAGGAGCUGGCACAGCGUGUGGCGGAUGUGGUGGCGCAGGCUGAGGCCGAGGAGAAGACCCCUCUCUUGGUCCUGGAUGAGGCUGAACUCUUGCCACCUGCGCUGCUGGAUGAGCUGCACGGUCUCCUGCAGCCACAGCGCUCGCACCACUUCCACAACGCUAUCUAUGUACUCCUAAGUGGCGCUGGUGGUAUAGAGAUCACACAGUUUGUGCUGCGGAACGCAUCACGUAUGUUGCCCCCACACCUCCACAGUGCAGGCAACACUCAGACUGCGGAGGAGUUACACUCCAGUCUCCGGGAGCUCCUGGCCCGGGAACACCCUCUGUGGAACACUGCCGCUAUUGUGCCCUUCCUGCUACUAGACAAGCCAGAUGUGGUCAACUGCUUCCGAGAGGAGAUGGCAGGGGAGGGCUUUUUUCCAGAGCAAGCGCUGGCAGAGCAUCUGGCAGAGCAGCUCAGCUACUACCAAGUUGCUGGACAUGAAUUUGCCAUCACUGGCUGCAAGCAGGUCGUAGCUAAGGUCAACCUCUUGCAGCACAAGCCUUCAAGGGCUGAACCCUAG